AGACGUUUGGGAAGGAGUCUGGGCACAAGACAUUUAUCGGGCAGUUAAAGUGAUUUGAUCCAUCUGUAAGAAUGAAAGUGCACUUCUUGGCUCUUCUGGUCUUGUUACUCUCAGUGACCAGCACACAGGCCUUAUGGAGAGUAAAACUGAAGAAAAUGCCCUCCAUACGAGAAACCCUGAAGGAAAUGGGUGUCACAGCAGCUCAAGUGUUUUCUGAGAUUAUGCCAAAAUAUGACGAACCUUCACCCACAAACGUCACAGCUUCAGUACCUCUGAUCAACUACUUACAUACUCAAUACUUUGGUGAGAUUAGUAUUGGUUCACCAGCUCAGAUGUUCAAUGUUGUGUUUGACACGGGUUCUGCCAACCUCUGGGUUCCUUCACACAGCUGUUCUCCUUUAUACACAGCCUGCUUCACACACAACAGGUACGAUGCUUCCAGAUCCAAAACGCAUAUUUACAAUGGCACAGGGUUCUCCAUCCAGUAUGCUUCUGGAAAUGUCCGGGGAUUUCUGAGCAAGGACGUGGUUGUAGUUGGUGGUAUCUCAGUGGUGCAGGUUUUUGCAGAGGCCACAGCUCUUCCUGCGAUCCCGUUCAUCUUUGCCAAGUUUGAUGGAGUGUUAGGGAUGGGAUAUCCAGAUGUAGCCAUUGAUGGAAUUACACCCGUGUUUGAUCAAAUCAUGUCUCAACAUGUUCUGAAACAGAAAGUCUUCUCAGUGUACUACAGGAGGGACCCAACACAUGUCCCUGGUGGAGUGUUGGUGCUGGGGGGCACAGACCCAAACUACCACACUGGAUCCUUUCACUACAUGAACACCAAAGAGGAAGGCAAGUGGGAGGUCAUCAUGAAGGGCGUGUCUGUGGGUGCAGAUAUGUUGUUUUGCAGGGGCGGCUGUACUGCUGUGAUUGAUACAGGCUCCUCCUAUAUCACAGGCCCCGCCUCCUCUAUUUCCAUUCUAAUCAAAACAAUUGGUGCUGUUGAGCAUGCAGAGGGAGGGUACACUGUCAACUGUAAUCUGGUCAAGUUGUUGCCAACUGUGACUUUUCAUCUUGGUGGUCAGGAAUAUUCUCUCACGAAAGAGGACUAUAUUCUCUGGCAAUCAGAGUUCGGAGAGGACAUCUGCACUGUGAUGUUCAACGCUCUGGAUGUGCCGCCCCCUACUGGUCCCAUCUGGAUCCUGGGGGCGAACUUUAUUGCUCGAUACUAUACAGAAUUUGAUCGGGGAAAUAAUCGCAUUGGCUUUGCUCGGGCAGUUUGAAAAACACUUAAUUUUCUGCUAUUCUAAAUUCAGAUUGCUAUUACAUUGAUACAUGCAUAACAACACACAGGACACUUGAUCUAUCACAAUAAUAGCUGGUAACUUAAGUUAUAGUUUUCUUUGUGAACAAAAGGUUUAAGCAUAAUUUUAAAAAGUACUUAUGGAAAUAAUUUAACAGAAUAUGCUUGAGUGUGAACUGAAUGUAACGAGUAAAUGCAUGUUUUU